AGGGAGGGAAGACAGAGGAAGAGGGAGAAGCAAGACGUGCUUGAUACAGAAACUGGAGCUGUCGUGCAUUGGUGGGAAUGUGAAAUGGUUCAGCUGCUAUGAAAAACAGUAUCAUGAGUCUUCAAAGAUUAAAACCAGAAUUACCACAUGGUCCAGCAAUUCCACUUUUGAUAUAAACCCCCAAAAUCGGAAGCUGGGUCCCAGAGAGGUGCACAUGUUCAUAGCAGCACUACUCACAAAAACCAACCCAGAUGUCCUUGGAUCAACAAAAUGUGGUCCGUACAUACAGUGAAUAGUAUUCAUGCUGAAAAAGGGAGAUUCUGACAUAUGAUGUAACAUGCAUGGACUCAGGAUUUUAGGCUAGGUGCAAUAAAACAUCACAAAAGGACAAAUCCUGCGUGACUCCACCUUUAUGAGGAGCUGAAAUGGUCACAUUUGUGAGGACGAGGCCAGAGAAACAGAAGGGGAAGAAGGCACAGUUGUUCCAUGGGUCCAGCUUUUCAGUUUGCGGAGACCAAAGAGGUUCUGGAGAUCGCUGCAGAACAAACUGGAGAUACCAGAAAAUGCUCACUUCUACAACAGCCCUCUGACCAGCAGGAGUUUCUACGUAUAAUGCCUAUCAUCAAGCUAUGAUUACCCCAAGCAACCAAGACCAACCUGGCCCUUCCAAUAGCUCACAUCCAGAUGAAUACAAAGUUGCAGCCCUUGUAUUCUACAGCUGUAUCUUCAUAAUCGGAAUAUUUGUUAAUGUCACUGCAUUAUGGGUUUUCAGUUGUACCACCAAGAAGAGAACCACCGUAACCAUCUAUAUGAUGAAUGUGGCACUACUGGACUUAAUAUUUAUAAUGAGUCUGCCCUUUAGAAUGUUUUACUAUGCAAAAGGUGAAUGGCCAUUCGGAGAAUACUUCUGCCACAUUCUUGGGGCUCUUGUGGUGUUUUACCCAAGCAUUGCUCUAUGGCUUUUUGCUUUUAUUAGCGCAGACAGAUACAUGGCAAUUGUGCAGCCAAAAUAUGCCAAAGAACUGAAAAACACAUGCAAAGCUGUGUUCGCAUGUGUAGGAGUCUGGAUAAUGACCUUGACAACCACUGUCCCUCUGCUACUGCUCUAUGAUGACCCAGACAGAGCCUCCUCCCCAGCUACCUGCCUGAAGAUCUCUGAUAUCAUCCACUUAAAAGCUGCCAAUGUGCUGAACUUCACGCGACUGGUAUUUUUUUUCUUGGUCCCUUUGUUCAUCAUGAUUGGAUGCUACUUGGUCAUUAUUCACAGUCUCCUCCAUGGCAGAACGUCUAAGCUGAAGCCCAAGGUCAAGGAGAAGUCCAUCAGGAUCAUCAUCACUCUCGUGCUACAGGUGCUCAUCUGCUUCACGCCUUUCCACACCUGUUUCGCCCUCCUGAUGCUAGACGGGGAAGACAACAGCUACAAUCCCUGGGGAGCCUUCACCACCUUCCUCAUGAACCUCAGCACCUGUCUCGAUGUGAUUCUCUACUACAUUGUUUCCAAACAAUUUCAGGCUCGAGUCAUCAGUGUCAUGCUAUACCGCAAUUACCUCCGCAGUGUGCGCAGAAAAAGUUUCCGAUCCAGUUUCCGGUCUGGCAGUUUACGGUCACUAAGCAACAUCAAUAGUGAAAUGUUAUGAACCGAAGGAAACUGUUUCUCUUCAAUCUCUUUAAAAUUCAUUUUUACAAAUAUUCUAGGGUUAAUGGAGAUUCUGCAUGAUAUUAUCAAGUUUAUCAAAUAAACUUCUAAAAACUCAUUAAAAAGAAAGCUUUUCA